GGCGGGCCGUUAGCUUGAUCGGUUCGAGCGAAGUCAUCGGGACCGAAGAAGACUUUACCGCCACCGCUGCCACUGCUGCAGUCUCCCUCUGCCCAGCUUUCCCCGGAGGAUUUUUACGGGAUAACAGAGAAGUUCUUCGGCUAUUUAGCGGAUUUAAACGGCUGUGAAUUCUCUCGGUACUUUUCUCCUUUCUCCAAGCGGCGGGCGGACUGUUCGCUGUCCCGCAGGCUGGAGGCUAGCGUCGGUUACUGCGGCUAAACAUGGUGGCCUGUCGGCACGGAGAGGAGCCGAGCCCCAGCUCUGCGGGUUUGGGGGUGUUAUAAGGGAACGCGAGGACGUUUUUGGCUGCUGCUCCACCCUUUUCUAAGUCUGCGCUUUGUUAAUCUGGAGGUUUCUACGGGGCUCCCCGGGUGUUUCCGUUAAACCCGAGCAGCAGUACCACCGGCGUCAGCAGGACCCCGUCCGUGUUCGGCGGAGCGUGGAUAAUCAUCCCGAAAAAGUUCUUCCAGGCCGCCUCAAAGUUUGCCCGCGGACCUGGGAAACUCCAGACCGUCCUGGACACUCCUCCAGCUGCUGUGUUUACGUUACGGAUACUUUGAGGCUCUCAAACCGGGAUGAAUUGUUGCACAAGUGCAGCCUGAUGAAACAGUUUGUUUUACCCCCUUCCUCCUCCUCCUCCUGUUCAGGGUCUGAUUGUUAAUCUGAGGAUUAUUAUGGAUUUUUACCAUGGCCUAAUCCAGCCAGACUCUGAAUUUGGGGACUAACUGCAGAUGUAGAGUCUGACUGUGAUGGUGAUGAUGAUGAUGAUGGUAUCUCUUCGCGAUGAUUCUGAGUAGAGAGGAGUUCAUUACAUGGAGACUCGCCUGACAUGCCGAGGAAGGAGUUGCCACUACCUGACGGUUGGGAGGAAGCCAGAGACUUUGAUGGCAAAGUUUACUACGUUGACCACAUUAACCAGUGCACGAGCUGGAUCGACCCCAGAGACAGGCAGACGAAGCCUCUGACGUUCGCCGACUGCAUCGGGGACGAGCUGCCGGUUGGCUGGGAGGAGGCGUACGACCCCGUCGUCGGAGCGUACUAUGUCGACCACAACACCAAGAGCACCCAGCUGGAGGACCCGCGGGCCCAGUGGCAGCGGGAGCAGGAGGCCAUGCUGCGGGACUACCUGGCCGUGGCCAGCGACGCGCUCAGCGCCCAGAAGGAGAUCUACCAGGUGAAGGAGCAGAGGCUCCGCCUGGCACAGCAGGAGUACCGCCAGCUCAACGACGCGUGGAGGGACAAGUCCACGUCGCAGACGAGCUUGAAUUCCAGAUCGUCCUCUUCCAGCAAGUACGACCCGGACAUCCUCAAAGCCGAGAUAUCCACGGCCAAAAGUCGGGUGAACAAGUUGAAGCGGGACCUCGCCUGUAUGAAGCAGGAGCUGCUGUACAAAGAGCAAGGCUUCGAGACGCUCAAAGAGAUCGACCAGAAGGUGUCCAACAGCCCGUCCGGUUACAGGCUGCAGGAGGCCCAGGCCAUCCUCAGCGAGGUGCGCUCCAUCCGCGACGCCAUCAGCUCCGGGGAGAAGGAGAAGCAGGAGCUCAUGCAGAAACUGGCGGUGCUGAAGGACGGCUUCCGGCUGGACUCGGGCUCGCAGCAGGAGCUGUGGGGCAGCAGCACCUCGCUUGCAAACUCCGACCUGUCCAUCCCGCGGCUCUACUCCGACGCCAGCUCGCAGACUGACAUCCCCGCCGAGUUCAUGACCAGCAGCAACAAACUGGCCGAGAAGGUUCGUGUGAGCCUGAAGUACGAGGAGGCCAAGAGAAGGAUCGCCACCAUCGAGGUGCAGAUCGCCAAACUGGACAGCGAGGCGUGGCCGGGGCUGCUGGACCCGGAGCGGGACCGCCUCAUCCUCAUCAACGAGAAGGAGGAGCUUCUGAAGGAGCUGCAGUACAUCAGCCCGCGGCAGCGGCUGCAGCCCAACGACGCAGAGAAGCUGGAGUCCGAGAAGAAGCGGCUGGAGCGAGACCUGCAGGCCGCCAGAGACAACCAGAGCAAGGCGCUGACCGAAAGGCUUCGUCUUCACUGCAAGAGGAACAAGCUGGUCAGAGAGCUGGAGGAGAACGUUCGCCUCGCCACCAUGCUGCACACGCAGCUCAAGAGCCUGUCGGCCAGCACCCUCUCCUGUUCGUCCGGCAGCAGUCGAGGCUCUCUGACCUCCAGCCGCGGCUCGCUGGCCACCACCUCCAGCCUUGGCUCCACCUCCUCCCUCAGCUUCACCGACAUCUACCUGGAGCAGCCGGAGCUGGCCGACCCGGACUUCCAGAACAAGCUGGACAGCCUCCUGCAGGAGGGCGUCCAGGGAGGGUACCGGCCCUCCAGCUCCAUCACCACCAUACACGAGCACGAGGUGGUGACCGGCAGCGGCACGAAAGACGCCGGGAGACCCCAGAGCAAGUCGGGAGGCACCGGAGGAGACGCUGGAGGAGGCACAGGGGCUGGCGUGGGGGCGGAGCCUUCCAGGAUCCAGGCCCUCAAACUGUCAGAAACCCCGCGCUCAAUGAACUCCUUAUCCCCGCGCUCGUCUCUCUCCUCGCUGUCUCCGCCGUGCUCGCCCCUGGUCACGGACGCUACCUUCCUGUCAGGCGAGACGUUCGCGGGCCAGUCGGGGGGCUCCGGGUUGGGCCUCGACCUGGAGCUCCACAGCAGGCUGGCCGAGCUGGAGCUCAGGCUGGACUCUGAGGAGCAGCGUCAGGAGGAGCAGGGAGGUCCGGAGGAGAAGCAGAACCACCACGGCAGGCUGGGCGAGGAGGUCAAAGGCUCAGCUUCCGAGCUGCGAGGGACGGGGGCGGGGCCAAAGAAGAUUGGGGUGACCUCGGCCGUGUCCGACGAGUCGGUCGCCGGCGACAGUGGCGUGUACGAGCCGUCAGAGCGCAAACCCGGCCUCCCCGCUGACCUCCUGCUGAGCUCCUACGAGGACCGCCUGGCGCCCGGCUGCCCUCAGGUGCAGCUCGGCUUCCGUUACGAGGCCAGAGACCGGCGCUUCACCGUCUACGUCGUGCAUCUGUCCAACUGCAGCGCCCUCUGUCUGCCGACCGACCAGAAAAUGUAUGUACGCGUGGCGGUGCUUCCCUGCGUGGAGGCCACUCGCUGCCUCUUCCGAACACGCAGCUCGCCACCUCGAGACGCCGUGGAGUUCAACGAGGUGUUUGGCAUGCAGAUAUCCCACAGUGCACUGCGGCAGAAGACCCUGAGGGUGGACGUGUGCGACACCAGCAAGUCGGGCCACGAAGAGUGUCUGGCGGGAGCUCAGAUCAGCCUCGCUGACGUCAGCUGUUCGGAGGAGAAGUGCACCAAGUGGUACAACCUGCUGAGUCGUGUCUACCUGCCCGAGACUCGCGUUUCCAGCGGCGACCGAGCCGGAGGGCCUGAGGAUGACGAGUGGCAUGGCGAGCCUCUGGAGGCGGACAUGUUCGAGGAUGACGAAGGGCACGGCGCGGAGGGGGCGGGGCCUCUGAAGGACGAGGAUGAGUUUUAUCCCGAGAGCAGCCAAUGGGAAGCAGAGGAGGAGGAAGAUGAGGAGAAGGGGACCAAACCCCCUCCUCCUCCGACGGCGGUGGCGGCAGCCGCCAUCACAGAGAAGGUGAACAAGGAGACGAGCAUGGACAGCCUGCCGUCGCUGCAUCACUGCUCCGUGGUUCGGCCCAAAGAGCGGCGCCCGGACGUCCGCCAGCAGAACCCCUUCAUGAGGGGCAACACCAUCAUCCGCUCCAAGACCUUCUCGCCCGGACCUCAGAGCCAGUACAUCUGCAGGAUUAACCGCAGUGACAGCGACAGCUCCACGCUCUCCAAGAAGUCCCCGUUUGUCAGAAACGCCUCCGAGAGACGCAGCAUGCGCAUGAAGAGGCCUCCUGUACCCGUUAAAGGUCUGGACGGGCUGCUGCGGACCUCUCUGGACCUGGAGCUGGACCUGCAGGUGUCCCGGACGCGGCAGGCUCGGCUGGCGCAGGAGCUGCGGGUGCUGCGGGAGCUGAAGACGCAGCUGGAGAAGGCGAGGCAGCAGGGCCAGAAAGAGCUGCCCGCCUGGGUCCAAGAAGACGAACGCUUCCGGCUGCUCCUCAGGCAGGCCGAGAAACAGACUCGAGAGGAGCAGCAGCAGGAGAAGAGGGUGGAGAAAAUGAUGAAGGCCGCAGCCAAGGACGUCCACAAGAUCAGAGGCCAGAGCCGCAAAGAGGUCCCCGAGGUGCAGACCUUCAGAGAGAAGAUGGCGUUCUUCACACGAGCGAAGACCUGCAUCCCCGACCUGCCGGCCGACGACGUGUAGAGAAGCAUUUCAAAGUAUUUUCCUUCCGGAGUCGUUCCCUGCUGUUCCCUCACCGACGAAGCAAACGUCUGGCGGUAUUAUGAAGAAUUAAAAUAAAUGAUAAUAAUAACACUGAUAAUAAUAAUAAUAAGUAGGAAAAAACCUUUGAAACCGUGGAGAGAGUAAUUUUAAAGAGCUCAGCAUUUCUAAUGUGGAUAGUCUUUGUUUGUAAAUUAGCGAUAGCACUGCUGGAGCUUUUGUUUUUUCCUUUUUUAUUCUCGUUUCCACUUUUGUUUUUGUUCCUGUUACUAACCGGCUGUUCUUAGACUCGUAGGUGUUUAAAAUCAUUCCAGCACAGAAUCAUACAGUCACACAUGAGCAUACGAAGACUUUUGUACUGAAAAUGGCACAAAAUCAAAAAUGGUACUCAAAGGAAAAUUCAGCUGCAGCUUGAAGAUAUUUAAUAUUGACCUUCAGAUGAUGUGGGAUUAGUUUUUUAUUAUUAGAGUAUUUUCUGAGCAGACAAACAGCACAGUGUUUAAUUUUUGUGUUUGUUUUUAAAUGCGGCUCUCCCUACACAACAACAGUGAAACACUAAAACAUGUUUGUGCAGACGAAUCGCCGCAGUUAUAAUCCUUAAGAUUUUUAAUCCAGGUCAGGUUAUUUUCUACACAGACGUGAAGUUUCUGCUGGUUAAAUGAUCAGAACAAAAAACAAGCAGCUGUUUCUUAGAGCAGGGCAGCUACAACUCCCAGGAUGCAUUUCAACAGGAAGCAUCCAGUCAGAUUCAUUUUAAGGAGACGAUAAAGAUUAAGUAAAGUUAAAUAACCUCAGAUUAUAUCCCGUCCAAUCAGGCAGGAGAAAGUUUUUGGAUCAUGUCCAAUUGUCAUUCAUGUGCCUGUUUAAACCUUAAACAUACCUUUGAGUUUUUUAUGGCCCAGUGUCGAUUAAAUAGGUUUUUACUACGCUGUUAAACUGUAAGGAGGGCGUAGUAAAGUCCAGAGGCCAAAAAGACAACAAAUCACAUGUUAUGGCUCAUUUAUAAAGAGAUUUAAUGCACUAAAUCUACAGUUUAUUGCAAAAUGAGGCACUUAAAAGUUGCUUUUUUUAUGUUGUGAACAUAAGAGCCGGAUUUUUAAAGUGACAAAGACCAAAACUGGAGCGAAGAGAGCCAAAAUGCAGCAUUUGUGUUCAGCUAACGCCGCACUUCUUUAGGUUUCCUGUGUGUCGCAUAUUUAUUAUUAAUCAUCCAUCACUGAGGAAAUUCACCUGUUACAGCAGCACAAGAGUCAGGAAGAAAAAGUGAAUUAGAGACUAAUAAACAUAAAUACUAUACAGGAGUAAUUGGUACCAUGUACAAAUGGUACUGUAAACAGUGAAACGGACUAAAAUACACGAGAGGACUGGAAGACGGCAACAUUUUGCAACAUUCUGUCCAAACACAUUUUUUUUACUCUUAGUUCUAUAUGAUGUCACACAGAGGGGAUUUCCCUAAUAUGGCCAUCUCAGGCUCCACCCAAAAGAAAGCCUUCCUCAAAGGGGAGGGGCUAAAACAGCUUCCUUCACAGAGAGGAUUAACUGAGCGGCUGCACUGAGGUCCAGUGUGCCAUAAAGAAGGAUUUUUUUAACUGUUAUUAAAGCAUAGCUGCUCUCUGUGAGUCGAAGAGUUAAAAAUAAGCUGCCACACUUACUGCCAAACUGACCUGGACUGAAAUCUUAAGGAUUAUCUUCAUCUUCAAACACUGGCACAAACUGUACGUUUUCUGUAAACUGAGCGACGUCGUGCUGACGGCACAGGUGGUCGUAGCACGUCAGCGUGGCCGCACGAUAGCAGCUCAGAGGAGAUUCUGAGCGUAAUCCGUAAUCAUCGUCUCUCGUCACACAAACACAUCGGUGUAGAAACAGCACUAACUCGCACUAACACUCAGGUAGUUGAUCGGGUAGUUUGCACUUUAAGAAAGUUGAGGUAGAAGUUUGAAAAAAGAAAAACUUGAUGUGGGUUUUUGGAAAGUUAAACGCCUGGAAACCUUUGCCUCACGCUGGAACGAUUUCUGAUUGUCGGAACAGGAAGUGAUCUCAAACGCAUUUCUGAUGACUGUGAACUUGUUAUUGAUCGUAUGAUUGUUUGACUGGAAGCGACUGAAAAAAAACUGAGUCGUCAGCCAAUAGGAAGACGGAAGUCCAGCUUUGCUUCGUAAGCUCCUGCGCUUCUCUCUGAUUGGCUGAUCAGUUUUUGCAGUUUUAAUUUCAGACUUCCUGCCCUCACGUUUCCACCUGUAACUGGAUGUUUGUGAAGCAUUCAGUUCUAUUAGAACUGGACCUUCUGCACUUAAAACUGUUGGAUGGUGUUAGUGUGGUGCCCCAGCAAAACUCAGCAUGUCGCCUUUUUUUUCCUCAGCUGGUUAUUUAAACUGUUUUUCUCCUCGUUUCAGUCUGUUUGAAGCUCUGAAACGAGGAGAAAGACACAUUCAGUGAACUUAUCGAUGCAUUGAGCAGCUAAAGAGCCUCCGGAGUUGGUAAAUAUUAGAAAAACGUCACUCCCAAAGACUCCUGACACGUUCUAUAUAAACUGAUGUUUAAUGUAGUGUUUACAUAAACAAGCAAACAGAAAUCUGGCACAGGAAAUGUUUUACUUUUCAGUAUAUGGAGGAUUGAAGGUGCCAAAAUAAACAAAAUAUGUGACUGAGUGAAUAA